AGAGAAUCCCAAUUCCCAAUCCCACGAUUAGUUGGCGUCUUUUUCCAGCUACUCACCAAUAAUAGCAGAAUUGAGCAGUGUUAAAAGAAAAGAAGAAGAUAAAGAGGCAACAAAAAGGGCGAAUCGUCGAUCAAACGGUGCCAUGGAUCCAGACGCAGUUGCCAAAGCAUUCGUAGACCACUACUACUCCACCUUCGAUUCCAAUCGAGCCGGUCUUGCGAACCUCUACCAAGAGACUUCCAUGUUAAGCUUCGAAGGCGUGCAGAUUCAAGGUGCUCAGAGUAUCGUCGCUAAACUCACCAGUCUCCCCUUCCAGCAGUGCAAGCACCACAUCAACACCGUCGAUUGUCAGCCCUCUGGUCCUGCCGGUGGCAUGCUUGUCUUUGUCAGCGGCAAUCUUCAACUCCCCGGCGAACAGCACGCCCUCAAGUUCAGUCAGAUGUUUCAUUUGAUGCCAACAUCCCAAGGGAGUUUCUAUGUAUUGAAUGACAUAUUCCGGUUGAACUAUGCAUGAAGAAGGGUACUGGGUUGAAUUGUCUCUUGUUCGUGUUUUCUUGGUUGAACAAUUUUACUGAAUAUAUUCUAUGAGUUUGAAAGGCAUUGCUUCAAAAAACUGGUUUACUGGUUGUGGCUUGGUUAGUGAUCAAUGGAUUUUAACUUUUAUUAAAUAGCUAAUGAGCUCUUCCUUGUUGCGAGA